UUGGCCGACCAAAGCAUGGUCGGCGAUGAUAACAAACCACCAAAAAGGGCACUCCUCUUUGUCAAAAAGCGAACCAAUCACUCAUCCUGAGUCAUCAGUAAGGCCCAUAUUAUUCAACAAAAUUCCCCAUCUACCUUUCAAUCUCUUUGCCAUCCCGAGGUGUGUGGGCUAAUUGUGACUCUCUGACGGAAAAAGGGAGCUAGCCAAAGAAUCUUCUGCAAAUGCAAUAUCCUAAUCCUGCCCAACCAAACCAAAAGAAAACAGAAGGCAAAAGUGAACCCUGAAUCGUGGAUGGCCACAUCAAUUUGUUUUGGUAAGUUAAUUACUUUAUACCACUCACUUAUAAACACUGCGGGACAUGUAAAAGCAAAAUCCUGAGGAAAAGAAAACUCGUUAAAUUAAGGAAGCAAAAGAAGAAUUUGACCGUAGGGAUAUGCUGGGCAAAGUGGCUAAUGCUGCAGCCGCUUGCACAUGAAGUUAAGCAUAUUUUCCCAUCCGAUUUCCUCAAUCUAAUGAACUUUUUCCUCCUCGAGAUAUCCAGCUAAGACUUCCACUGCUACAGUCUGCUUCUCUCAGUCUCCCAAAUUCGCCAUCUUUUCCAUCAAGUACAUCCAGUAUGAACACAGGUGUCUCUUUUCUCUCACCCAUCUCCUUAAUUCUCUCCAAUCCCAAAAGUUAAAGAAAACCCAUCAAGAAGCAACAAUGUAACUAGCAUUCCUCGUUGCUGGCAACCUAGCAGACAGCUAAUUUAAACCAGUAAGCUCAUUCAUCUUCGUUCUCCCUUCUUUUUCCACGAUGGGCACGGUUAGGAAACUCAUUGUUGAGGUGGUCGAUGCACGUAACCUUCCACCAAAAGACGGUCACGGGACGUGCAGUCCUUACGUGAUUCUUGAUUUUUAUGGUCAGAGAAAGAAGACAAGGACAGUGAUCCGGGACUUGAAUCCAGCAUGGAACGAAACUCUCGAGUUCAACGUUGGCAAACCAUCCGAUGUUUUAGGUGACAUGCUUGAACUGGAGAUGUAUCACGAUCGAAAAGUCGGACCUACCACCAGGAAUAAUUUCUUGGGUAGAUUAAAGUUAAGCUCAAGGCAGUUCGUCAGGAAAGGUGAGGAGGCGUUGAUUUAUUAUCCGCUGGAGAAGAAGACUUUGUUUAGUUGGAUUCAAGGUGAGAUUGGGCUGAAGAUUUAUUUUGCCGAUGAAGUUAUACCCCCACCUGGACCACCAGCCUUACCAACUCCACCACCGGAGGAGGCCAAGCCCGAGCAAACUCCACAAACACCGGCAGCCGCAGAAGAAGCUUCACCCGAGGCAGCAGCUGCACCUGCUUCUGAUUCACCACCACCUCCCCCUGAGGCAACUGAACCGGUGUGUGAAAAGCCCGAUGCGGCAUCGGAGACUAACCCAGAGCCCUCUAAGGUGCCAGCAUCUGACGGUGAAAAGCCCGCUACAGAACAGCCUCCAGUGCCACCUGCCGAAGCCGCACCACCACCGGAAACUGUUAGUGUGAGUUCGGACGUUGCUGACCACGAAAAGCAAGAAGUGGCCCCUGAUUUACCCGCCCAAGAAGGGACGGAUCCUGUGGACCUGAGUCCUCAGCAACCAGUACAACUUGAUAAUGGCCUUGAUCACAUGAUGGCAUCGGUAGCCUCAGGAUCCAUGCCUGAAGCCAAAAUAAACAAUGUCAACGGUCCUCAACCAAUCAGCCGUGUUUCAUCAGUCAGUAGUUUCUUGUCUGAUGCAUCUGAUAGAUCUACAAUCGAACGGUCCUCGUUUGAUCUUGUAGAGAAAAUGCAUUAUCUCUUCGUCAGAGUAGUCAAAGCUAGAUCUCUUCCGACCAUGGGAAGGCCGGUCGUGAAGAUUGUUGUUUCCGGCUGCCAUAUCAUCUCAAAACCAGCCCGGAAAACCACUUUGUUCGAGUGGGACCAGACAUUUGCUUUCAGUCGGGACGCAGCAGAUUGUUCCUCCAUCCUGGAGAUCUCUGUGUGGGACCCAAUACACGCCAUGUCAGGAGGCGGCUCGGCUGACGUGGCGGGGCAUAACUUCCUAGGUGGGAUUUGCUUUGACGUGAGUGAGAUCCCACUGCGGGACCCACCCGACAGUCCGUUAGCCCCACAAUGGUACAGGUUGGAAGGAGGCGGAGCCCACAAGGGGGACCUCAUGCUUGCCACGUGGGUUGGCACACAAGCUGACGAGUCGUUUCCUGAGGCGUGGAAGACCGACACCGCAGGUAAUCCUAAUUCCAAGUCAAAAGUCUACCAGUCCCCCAAGCUGUGGUAUUUGAGAUCAACAAUCAUAGAAGCACAAGACAUUUUUCCGUUAAUGUCGUCAAAAGAGUCAUCAUUUCAAGUUAAAGUCCAACUGGGGUUUCAAGUCCAGAAAACGAAAUCAUCUGUCCCCAGUAACGGAUCUCCGUCAUGGAACGAAGAUUUGGUAUUUGUAGCAGCUGAACCGUUCACGGAGCACCCUCUGAUGUUUUCCCUGAUAGAAAACCGGCAACCUAAGGAGCAAGUCAUGCUAGGCGUCGCUAGCAUACCGCUCGCGUCCAUAGAGCGACGUGUUGAUGAUCGCAAUGUGGUUUCCAGAUGGCUCACACUUGAAGACCCGAUAGAAGCAAAAAGGGUUUACAAAGGCAGAGUCCACUUGAAGCUGUGUUUUGAUGGUGGGUAUCACGUGAUGGACGAAGCCGCUCACGUGUGCAGUGACUAUCGUCCAACCGCCAGGCAGCUUUGGAAGCCCCCUAUUGGAACUGUUGAAUUAGGAGUCAUUGGGUGCAGAAAUCUACUCCCUAUGAAGACGAUCAAGGGCAAGGGGUCUACAGAUGCCUAUGCGGUGGCGAAAUAUGGCAGCAAAUGGGUGCGGACACGUACCAUAUCUGAUAGUCUAGACCCCAAGUGGAAUGAGCAGUAUACAUGGAGAGUCUAUGAUCCGUCAACUGUGUUGACUAUCGGAGUAUUUGACAGCUGGGAAGUACUAGAAUCCGAUGGCUCCAAAGAGUCGAUGCGGCCGGAUUUUCGUAUAGGGAAAGUUCGCAUUCGUAUAUCUACCUUGGGCACGGGCAAGGUGUACAGGAACACAUUUCCUCUGUUUCUGUUGUCUAAUAAUUCGGGCCUGAAGAAGAUGGGCGAGAUUGAAUUGGCGGUUAGGUUUGCACGUGCAACGCCCACGCUGGAUUUCUUACACGUGUACUCUCAGCCAUUGUUGCCGAUGAUGCACCACAUGAAGCCACUCGGCAUGGUCCAGCAGGAGGUGCUGAGGACGACGGCGGUGAAGAUAGUGGCUGCACACUUAUCCCGGUCGGAGCCACCGCUUCGGCGAGAAGUGGUGACCUACAUGCUGGAUGCAGACUCACAUGCAUUCAGCAUGCGAAAGGUGCGCGCAAACUGGUUUAGGAUCAUCAACGUGAUUGCGGGAGUGAUUGACGUGGUGAAAUGGCUGGACGACACGCGUUCCUGGAAGAAUCCGACGGCCACCAUUCUCGUACAUGCGUUGUUGGUGAUGCUGGUGUGGUUUCCGGACUUGAUCGUCCCAACAUUUGCAUUCUACAUUUUCGUGGUGGGUGCAUGGAACUAUAGAGUUCGAUCGCGCGAUACGCUCCCCCAUUUUGAUCCAAAGCUCUCGCUGGCGGAGUCCAUCGAUCGCGACGAAGUGGACGAGGAGUUCGAUGUGAUGCCGUGCGCGAGGGCGAAUGAGGUGGUGCGGGCCAGGUACGACAAGCUGCGGAUGCUGGGGGCACGUGUCCAGACGGUACUGGGUGAUUUUGCCACGCAAGGGGAGCGACUGCAAGCUCUGGUGACGUGGCGGGACCCACGUGCCACGGGGAUCUUCAUCGGGCUGUGCUUCGGGGUGUCGUUCAUACUGUGUUUGGUGCCAUCAAAAAUGAUAGCGAUGGCCUUCGGGUUUUAUUACCUGCGGCAUCCGAUAUUCAGGGACAGAAUGCCUUCCCCAGCUUUGAACUUCUUCAGAAGGCUGCCUUCGCUGUCUGAUCGCAUGCUGUAGCUUAAUAAUAUUAUUGUUAAAACCUAGUUAAUUUGGGCAAAUGGCAUGUUAAUUGGCCAUGCUUAUUCUGAACGGCUUGGAUUAUGGAUAUGAUAGUAGUUGAAUUAUUGGAGAAGAAAUUCUUACAUUAAA